CAUUAGAAGCGCUUCAGUCUAAACCAAGUGCCACCAUCAAAUGUCUGAGUUGUAGAAAAAUGUCGGAUGAGGAUGAGACAAAAAUAUUCGGGAAGAUUUCAUCGAGACAAAGAGGAGCCGAAGAAGAAGGAAAAUCAUUGAGUAGUUGCUCAUUUUGGCAAAUUGAUAUAACUAAUUGGGAAGAAAUUGUUGAAGAAAAAAAAGAAAAAACAUUUAAUUUCCCUAUAAAACUUUCUAAGGAAGACGCGAUUAAAGAGUUAAUGAGAAAUAUCUCUGAACUUUGCCAAUGCGAGGCUGUAGAAAAUAAUAAUAAUUUAGAAAAUUACUCCAAAAAAACUUUGAAUCCGGAGGAAACUCAACAACUUUUAGCAGACAUUGAUGAUGGACUCAUAAAAGUUAAAAAAAAUGCUGAAGGAAAACAGGAAGUAGAUAAGAAAGAAACUCAACAACUUUUAGCAGACAUUGAUGAUGGACUCAUAAAAGUUAAAAAAAAUGCUGAAGGAAAACAGGAAGUAGAUAAGAAAGUAGGAGAAUUCAGAGACAAGAUAGAUAACGCUCUUUCUAAUGAAUUGGGAGCUCUAUUUCCUAACCAAGGUCCGGAAAAAGUGAAGCAAGCUUUAAAAAAACUUAGUGAAGAAUUAGAAAAAGAACGAAGUGAGUAUAAAGCAAAAUUAGAAGGACUUCAAAACACUGUGAUUGAGGCUUCAAGAAAAUCAAACUCAUCAAAUUAUUCAGAAGUGAUUGGAAAAAUUAGUGAAAGCAUAAACGGAGAAAAUGGGCUUAUCAUGUCAUGUACUAAGUCAGUAGCAGGCGGAGGACAUUUUGUUGACAAAACUAUUGAUAAAGUUGACAAUGCUAGGGAGGACUUAAAAGAUUUUUCCGAACACAUUGCGGAUAAUACAGCAGAUUUGAUUAAGGAAGGCAUGAGCGAUUUAACAAAAGUUGCUGAAGGUUUUUUUAAUAUUUUUCACGAUAAAGCUAAACCCCUGGAAGAAAAACUUAAGGCAAGCGAAACAUACAUUGAAACCCUUCAACAACAGGUGGCAAGAAGAGAUAAACAAUUAGAGGAACAAAGCAAAGAUUUUAAACAACGACUAGAGAAUAGAGAUGAACGGAUUGAAAAGAAAGAUGCACGAAUUGAAACUUUGGAAAAACAAGUAGAAAAAUUGAUGAAUGCUCAGUUAGAACAUUUAAGUACUCAUUCUCAUAUUGAACAAG